UUCAACUCUCCGCUACGUCCGCGCGGUCCGUCCCUCGAGGGUGGCAACUGCAAGUUCACAACGGGGUAGCUUGAGACAGGUUGUAGAAGUCCUGCGUUCUUCGACCAGUCGAGGUUGGAUUUAAUUCUCUCGGAUUUGGUCUAAAUUGCCGGUCAGUCAAACAGUUAAACGGGCAGCAGUGCAGGUCAAGACACAGAAUGACUGCAUUGCAUCGUCUGGGGCAGUGUCACUUCACGCGCCUUGCUAUAUCUCAUUUUCACACAAGCAGCCAUGCCUCUGCCAAACAGCACUACAAAAUGCUUGUGCUGGGAGGAGGAAGUGGGGGAAUUUCAAUGAGUGCACGAAUGAAGAGGAUGAUGGGAGCUGAGAAUGUGGCUGUUGUGGAGCCCAGUGAGAUGCACUACUAUCAGCCAAUAUGGACCCUGGUUGGUGCUGGUGCAAAAACCUUAACCUCAUCCGGUCGUUCCACUGCAAGUGUUAUGCCAUCUGGAGUGAAGUGGGUGAAAUCUAAAGUUCAGGAAAUAAACCCAGACACAAAUACUGUACGCACAGAUGAUGGGACUGAAAUCUCCUAUGAGUAUUUGAUUGUGGCUCUUGGUUUACAACUGCAUUUUGAAAAGAUCAAAGGACUGCCAGAAGGAUUUGAACAUCCAAAGAUUGGGUCAAACUACUCAGUCCAAACUGUGGAGAAAACGUGGAAAGCACUGCAGAACUUCAAAGAGGGCAACGCUGUGUUCACUUUCCCAAAUACUCCUGUGAAAUGUGCUGGAGCUCCACAGAAGAUUAUGUAUCUAACAGAUGCCUUUCUCAGAAAAACAGGAAAAAGGAACAAGGCCAAUAUAAUAUACAACACAUCUCUACCUGUGCUCUUUGGGAUAAAGAAAUAUGCUGACUCAUUGUGGGACAUAGUGAAACUGCGUGACCUAAAAGUGAACCUUAGGCAAAACCUGAUUGAAGUGCGGGCAGACAAGAAAGAAGCUGUAUUUGAAAAUCUUGACAAACCAGGCGAAACCAAAGUGUUUGAGUAUGAAAUGCUUCAUGUCACACCACCAAUGGGACCAAAUUUGGUGAUUAAAGGCAGUCCGCUGGCAGAUGAAGCUGGCUGGUUGGAUCUCAACAAAGACCACCUACAACAUAAGAAGUAUCCCAAUGUGUUUGGCAUUGGAGACUGUACCAACCUGCCCACAGCCAAAACGGCCGCUGCUGUCGCUGCACAGACUGCCAUCUUAAACAGAACCAUCAGCAGAAUACUGAAAAAUGAAAAGCCAGAUAAGACGUAUGAUGGCUACACCUCAUGUCCAUUGGUUACAAGCUACAACACAGUGAUUCUAGCAGAGUUUGACUACAAUGGACAACCACUGGAAACAUUCCCCAUCAACCAAGCCAAAGAAAGAAGAACCAUGUACCACAUGAAAGCUGAUGUGAUGCCUCACCUCUAUUGGCAUGGGCUUCUACGGGGUCUGUGGGGUGGACCAGGACCAUACAGGAAACUCUUUCAUCUUGGGAUGAAAUGAAACGUCACCAUCAGUUUGCAAGUAAAUAGCUAUAUUCCCUAAACUAUUAGGGAAAGAAGUAGCACAUUAAAUCCAUCAUGCUCAAAAAGUGUGGACACAUACUGUAUGGUGGCCAGUGGGGUGAUAAUAUGCAUGACCUGGACAUCAUGAUUAAUCACAACAAGUUUGAUGAAGUUAUCGUGAAUAUUUUCAAUAUCCAGGUUUAGUUAAACCUGCAUUAAGUGGUGCAUUGAUAUUACCGUGGAAUAAAAUUAUUCUCUGUGAUGAGAAAUUAGAAAACACUAAAAAAACACUCCCCUCUUCAGUUCUAUGUGGCUUUCAGCUACUUAAAUGGCAAUCUUUUGGCGGCACAUUGAAUGUAAGGUCUUGCUGCGGUCAUCCACUCAAUUACUCAACCAGCAGUGAGAUGUCAUAGGAGCCUAGAACAAAGGUUUGUAGAACAUUCUUUGAUUUGCCCCCGUACCAGUGUACCUUUUUAAAAGUGAGACUUUUAUAAGUCUCACAGCCUAACUGAAGUUAGCCAAGCUCUUCUUCCCUACUUGCUGCAGAGUAUAUAUAAUGUAGGUUAUGUUGCCCAUGGUCAUAAUAAACUGACCCAAUUUGGGUAUUUUUAAUUGGCACAUAACAUAAAUAAACAAUUGUUUUGGUUUAUUAUGUUUUUGGUAUAUUACGUGAUCAUUUGGGUUUUUUUCAGGAUAUUGGCGGGAUGCUCAACGCUAUAGCUGUAAUCGUUGACAGUAGUCCCUAAUUACAGUAUACAAAAUAUAGUCUUUUUCAGAUUGCUGCACUAACAAUUUUGUAUAUUAUUGGAAGUCAGUUAUUGUGUGUAUAUUUUCUUGCCAUUUUAGGAUGUUGAUGGUCUUCAAGUUUGUCUCUAGCUUAAAUGCUAUAGCAUCCAGUCUGUGAAAAUGUGUUUUUUUUUUUUCACAGUAACGUUAAUUAUUUGUACGAGUGAUUUUCUUUGGGUAUGCUUGACCAAUUAACAUGCAAGUUCUUUUCAUACACCUAAACAUCAAUGUCAGAAAUAUAGUUUUGUACAUGGUGAUUAUUUUUUCACAAGUGCUUAACUGAGAUAUUAAACAUCUUGAUGAUUAUACAAUCA